AUGGAGGAAGGAUACAUACAAGGCCAAUUCAGGAAGCUGCAAGGACAGCGUAUGACCAUGCAGCAGAAAACAUUCACCAACUGGAUCAACAAUGUUUUCAACAAACACAGUAUGAGCAUUAAAAUCGAAGAUCUCUACACUGAACUGAAAGAUGGGAUAUACCUCCUCCUCCUGCUAGAGCUGCUGUCUGCUGAACAGCUGCCCAAGCCAAACAAAGGCAGAAUGAGGGUCCAUUUUCUUGAAAACAACAGCAAAGCCAUUCAGUUCCUUAAAUCCAAGAUACAUGUGAAUUUAAUUGGCCCUGAGAACAUCGUAGAUGGAGACCAAAUCCUCAUCCUGGGGUUAAUAUGGAUAAUCAUCCUCAGAUUUCAAAUUGCAUUCAUCACUCUUGAUAAGGAGGAGUAUGGAUCCAGAGCUGAUGCCCUCUCUGCUAAUGAGGCCCUGCUAAUGUGGUGUCAGUGUAAGACUGCCCGCUAUUCCAAUGUCAAUGUGAAAGACUUCUCCAAAAGCUGGAGUGAUGGACUAGCCUUCAAUGCACUCAUUCAUGCUCACAGGCCCGAUCUCAUCCAGUACAGUUCCCUAAGGCAUGACCAACCCAUCAGUAACCUAAACAAUGCCUUCACUGUGGCAGAGGAGCACCUGGGAAUCGCAAAACUGUUGGAUGCGGAGGAUGUAGCAGUGCCAUCGCCAGAUGAGAGAUCUAUCAUGACCUAUGUGUCAUUCUACUACCAUUACUUUUCCAGGCUGAAGCCGGGCCAGACAGGGCAGAAAAGGCUCACUAAAAUUGUGUUUUUCCUGAAAGAGACAGAUGAUUUGAAGGCUCAGUAUGAGCAAAUGGUCUCUGAGCUUUUGAAGUGGAUAAAGCUCAAAGUAGUGGAGCUGGAUGAUCGUCUUUUUCCCAAUUCCCUAGAGGAGAUGCGGCUUCUCAUGGGCAACUUUAAGAUCUUCCGCAUGGUGGAGAAGCCUCCCAAAUACCGAGAGAAGGGAAUUAUCGAAGCCCACUUCUUCCACAUCAGAACCAAGCAGCAAGCUAACAAACAGCGUGCUUAUUUGCCCCCUGAAGGAAGAUCAUUGAGAGAUUUGGAAAGGGAAUGGAUCAUUUUGGAGAAGGCAGAACACAGUCGAGGAGAAGCGAUACAGCAGGAGCUGCUAAGACUGGAGCGAGUGGAACAACUAGUCCAGAGAUUUCUGAAGAAAGCAGCCAUUCGUGUAGCCUACUUGGAGGACAUGAGAGAAAUUGUGAAGAAACAGGAUGAUUGGCAGCCAGAUGGCCUGGAGCAACUUGAGGCAGCCACAAGGAGGCUGGAAGCCAUUGAAGCAGACAUGCUUCCUCGAGAUCAACGCUUUAAAACACUGUCUCAGAUGGCAUCAAAAAUCGAGCAGGAGAACUACCAUGGCAAGCUUCAGAUUUGCAAGAAGCAAGAGGACAUUGCCCAGCAGUGGCAAGACCUUUUAAGCCAGCUCAAAAGACAAAAACGCUCCUUGGGAGAGAUGCAAGAAGUCCUGACACUGUUAAGGGACAUCAAUACCAUUAUGGAGGAACUUAAAGCACUUCAGAACCUGGUGAGUUCUCAGGAUUGUGGUAAACAGCUAUUGGAAGCAGUAGAUUUAUUGCAGAAGCACAAAUUGGUUGCCUCCCAGAUCUCUUCUCUUGGGGAGAGGAUCAGGCCCAUGGAUGACAAAGCAGAAGAGGUCAUAAGAGGCAAAUCAGCCAAAUCAGAUGUUGUUCAAGCUAAACAUCGGAUGUUCCAUCAGCUGUAUCGAAAUGUCAUGGAUCUCUGUGAAACACGGCAAGAUCAACUGGAAGGCACUUUGCAACUUUUUGAGUUUUUCCAUGAAUGCAAAGAGGAGGAGGUCUGGCUGUCUGAUAAAUGGAAGCUGGUGAAGGCAGAAACCUUAGGGCGUGAUCUCAGUCGCAUUGCAGCCUCUCUCCAAAGCCAUAAGAUCAUCUCCAAGGGCCGGCAGUUAAGUCGGAAAAACCCUUCACACCAGAAGGAUAUUCAGGAGAAGACGGACCAUAUUCAGCAAUUAUGGCAACAGCUCCAAGAUGAAGUGACCAGUCAUAAAAUCCAUUUGGAGGCAGCUGCUCUUGUCAAACAGUACUUUGCUGAUAUUGAUGAGGUAGAGUCCUGGCUGCAAGAACGGCAAACCCUCCUGGCCAGCGAGGAUUAUGGAAAGGACGAAUCCAGUGCAGAAGCCUUGUUGCAUCGCCACUUCCGCUUGGAAAAGGAGCUUGCAGCAUGUGCUUCAGAAAUAGGCCACUUGGAAGAGCAGGCUCAUUCUGUGUUGCAGAAGGCGGCCUCAGUGAUGGUGUCAGUGCCUGCAGCAAACCCGGAUGUACACAACAGCAGAAAUCAGGGAGUAUUCAGAGCACCAGCAAGUUAUUCCAGGUCGCAGGCCUCUGCCCAAAUGACAUUCACUAGCCCAUUUGGCUCUGAUCCACACUUUCUUACAGAAAACAUCUGGAAAAGCCAACAUAACAUUGCCUUAUUGUAUGAUAAACUGCUGACCAUGGCUGAGCACAGAAAAAAGGAACUGGAAGAAAGGAUCCGACUCUACCAGUUCUACAGCUCCUGUGAAGAAUUUCAGUCCUGGAUAAAUGACAAAGAGAAAAUUUUCCAGACCAUUCAGCCAAAGGCAGACAACGUGGAGACUAUGCAGCAGAAAUACCAGAGUUUCCUAACGGAAUUGGCUGCUGGGAAGACCCAGCUAGAUGACAUCAAUUGCCUGGCAGACAUGUUUUCAAAGAGCAGCCCUGGAAAACAGAAUGAAAUCCAAACUUGUAAAAAAGAGAUAAGCAUGAGGUGGCAGUGCCUGGAAGCAUUAAAAGAACAGAAGGGCUCGGAGCUGAUUGGUGUGGCUGAUGUGAAGACCUUCCUUCAGGACUGUCAGAACACUCAAGGGUUGCUCCAAGAAAAGCUGCACCAUCUUGAGGAUUUAGGAAGUGGGAAGAACCCUGCCGUUCUGUCAGCAGAGACACGCAAGCUCAGCGCUUCGGAGAAAGACAUCUUAGUACUGGAGAGAAAAAUCGAGUACCUGAAGAAUGUGGCCAAAUCGAUCAAGGAUACGAAUCCAGCAGAGAGCAGGGUCAUAAUGGAACAGGUAGAAGACAUGGAGGAGCUACUAUCAAAACUAAAGUCAAGGGCAGAUGAAAAGGGGAAGGCUUUACAAGUAGCACAGGAACAACAAGCUUUUCUCCAAGACAGCCGUCGACUUAUGUUGUGGGCAGAUGGCAUGAAGGAUAAACUGACCAGUAAGGAGAUGGGUGUAGAUGUGGCCUCAGCACAGCAACUGCUAAGAGGACACCAAGACUUGCUGAAGGAGAUCCAUGGCCAGAACUCCAGGAUUAAGCAGUUGCAAGAGCUGGGUCAAAAGAUCAUGGAUGAUCCAUUCAGCACUGGAGCAUUGGAUGUCUGUGAGUCUGUGCAAAAGCUCUCUCAGGAAAGGAACAAACUGGAAGAGCUAUGGGCAAAGCGACAGAAGAAACUCCAGGAAGAUGUAGAAUUGCUGAAAUUUAGCAGAGAAAUUGACUGUAUCUAUGCUGCCCUCUCCAGCCAUGAGGCCUUUCUCCGGACAGACAAUCUUGGGGACCAUGUGGAUUCUGUUCGAAGCCUCCUGAAACGGCACGAGGAUUUUCAACAGGUGCUACUGGUGCUGAAGCAACGGGCAAAUGCAGCCAACGAACAUGGAGAACAGCUGAUAGAAAGGGGUCAUUUUGCUUCUGACAUAAUUGAGGAGAAGAUGGCUGCCUUACGAGAGAGGUGGAAAUUGCUAGUAAACAAUAAUGAACACCGAAAGAAACGGCUGCUGGAUUCUCUUAUCUUACAGGAGUUCAGUCAUGACACUGCCGAACUUUUGAUGUGGAUGGAGGAAAAGUACAAGAUAGCAUCAGAUGAGUCCUACCGUGAUCCAACAAAUAUCCUACGGAAACUGAAAUGGCAUGAGGCUGCAGAAAAAGAAAUGAUGGCCAAUAAGAAGCAUUUUAUGGAAUUGAUAGUGGCAGGAAAUCAGCUUGUUCAGGAUGGCCACUAUGCUGCAGAGUCCAUUCAGGACAAAAUCUCAGACCUGAAGAAGAAAUGGGAGAAGCUGUACACCAAGAUGAUUGAACGAGGGGACAAACUGAGGCAGGCUGGGCAGCAAGAGCAACUUAUGGAACUCCUGGAGGAUGCUGAAGAGAAAAUAGAGAAGAUAGAGAAGAUUCUUCAAGAUAAAGAGCUGGGCCACAAUUUGCGUUCCAGCCGCAACUUGCUCAAGGAGCACAGACAACUGGAAAAUGAAAUGCAGGGACUGGCUGAGAAAAUGAGCUCCAUUGUGUUACAUGCCAGGAAGAUGGCUACCAAUCAUUUUGACAGCGAGAGGAUUCUGGAUGAGACACAGAAGUAUUUGGAACGGUUUGAUGCUCUCCAAGAACCUCUUGCUGAGAAAGGCCAACUGCUACAGGCAAGAGUGGAAUUGUAUGAGUUUUACCAUUACCAUGACAUGGAAAUGAAGUGGAUUAAUGAGCGAAUGUCAGUUGUCAGCUCGACAAACCGUGUCAAGUCUUUGGAUGUGGCUCAAAGCUUGCUGCACAAGCACAAGGAAUUGCAGGGAGAAGUGAAUGCCCAUAAGCAGCAAAUCUCCAGGGUUCUAGGGAAGGGAAGAGCUAUGGAAGAAGGCAAGCACACAGCAUCCCAGAGGAUCAAGGAAAAGUGUCAGGAGCUCAGCAAAAGCUGGUUGGAGCUGGAGAAGACAUGUGAGGAAAGAAUCAAGCAGCUACAACAAUCUGUUGCCUUCCAUCAGUUCUUAAUAGAUAUAUCAGAGUUGGAGAACUGGGUAGCAGAGAAGCUCCCGCAGGUAACCAGCAAAGACUAUGGCAGAGAUGCUGGUGCAACUCUCAGGCUCAUAAAGAAACAUAAGGCACUGGAACAUGAAAUUGACAUUUAUCAGAAUUUAGUCGAGGACCUGGCCGACACUGCCAAAGCUCUACCCCUGCCGGGUUCUAUCCACUAUGACGAAGUUGAUGCGCCUCAGGAACAGGUUCACUCGCAGCUUUGGGGGCUGCAGGAGCUGGCCAGAGCAAGAGGGAAAAGGCUGGAGGAAACUCUGGCAUUGCAUGACUUUCUGAGAGAAUAUGAGGAUUUGGAGGAUUGGAUCCAUCAGCAGAAGCAGGUGGCCAGUUAUGAUGGCCAUGGAACUGAUUAUGAGCAUGUCCUGCAUAUUUGUGCCAAAUAUAAAACAUUCCAGCACCAGAUAGAAGUUGCUGCCAAAAGGGUUGCCACAUGUCAUCAGCUAGCAGAAGAUAUGUUGGAUCAGGGCCAUUUUGAAUCCAGAGAAAUUCGGAAGAAGCAGAAACAGUUGCGGAACAAUUGGGAGGAGCUGCUGGAGAUGACAAAGCUUCAAGGCCAGCAACUUCAGCAUGCUGAAGCAGUUCACAAGUGCCUGCAAGACCUGAAUGAAGCCCUUAUUCACAUUGAGGAGAGAUCAAAGACCAUCCCUGAUGACAUUGCGAGAGACCUGAGUGGUGUGCAGUCCCAGCUGCGCAAACACACAACCCUUGAGCAUGAACUGUUUGGGAACGAGCAACAGCUGCAGGAACUGAUUGAUGCUGCAGAUGGCGUGCUCUGCCACUGCUCGGAGAGUCAGUCAAAAGAAAUACAAGCAAAGCAACAGGCAGUGGUGGACAACUGGGAGUCCUUGCGAGGCAAAUUGGAACAAUGCAGGGAAAAGUUGGAAAAAGCCUGCAGGCUGUACCGCUUUUAUGCCCAAGUACGAGAUUAUUCCUCUUGGGCAUCCGAGAUGCUGAGAGAAAUGGCAGUUGAGGAGAAAAUCCGAGAUGUAUCUUCUAGUGCUUUGAAGAUCAACCAGCACAAGCAGCUGUUGGCAGAGAUUGAGGCCCGUGAUGAUAUUUACGAAUGGCUUCUCCAGCUGGGACAAGAACUGCUGCUGGAACAGAAAACAGCAGCAAAAGAAAUCCAAAACACAUUGCAGGCUCUCUCAGAAGAAAAGAGCAAUGUGUAUCACAAGUGGGCACAGAAGGAGCAGUGGCUGGAGAAGAUCCACCUUCUGCAUGUGUUUUACAGGGACUGUGAACAUCUGGAAAACAUCUCAAAUUCACAGGAGAGAGGUCUUCAGUGCAACGGCCGAAGCAGCGUUGGUGCUGAGUCCCACCGCGCCCCUUCCAAGCAAUAUCCAGCAAGUUCCUGGAGUGUUUGUCAUUCUUCUCCUGGUCAUGCUGGCCCCAUGCAGUUUCCAGGACCUUUCUCUUCUGCUACUUCUUCGAGAGCUCUACCGUGCUGGACAUCACGUCUGGAUGUUUCUCUGUGUGACAUUCCAGAGGCUUCACCAUCGCAGAGAAAAAAUCUGUACACAGUGCUGUCACCUUGCUGUUCAGAGCCAGCCCAGCCCAGCUACAACACCCAGCUUUCAGAUCUCCAUGCUUCAGUGAAGCUUUACGUUUCAACUUGCAGUAUAGUAAUAAAGCCAUGCAGAACUGCAUCUCCACCAAGCAGCCAUGCUUACUCAAGUCUUCUGUUACCUCAUCUGAGAAAGAUUUCAUCUCCAUCUUCUGGGUGUGGAACAAGUCCCCAGGAGGACCAUCAAGCUAUUCCCUCAAGAAGCCCUGAAGAUCUCCAGGUUACCCAAUUUCAUGUCAGCUCUACUGCCAAAUGCCCUGGUCUUCCCCAGCAAACAGUCUCCAGAGAGAUAUGGUUGACUCCAACUACAGUGUCUGCAGCAGAUGCUCCUGUUGGCAAAAGAACAGUCACGAAUACACAUGUAGGUGCAGAUAUGGUUGUCUUUCAGAACUGUCAUUCAACUAGUAAAGAUUCUGUGAGGAGUUCAAGUGCCGGGAUCAUUCCAGCUCAUCACAAGAUUUCCAAAAUAACUCUGAUACUUGCAACCCCUUGGGCAUCCUUCCCUAUUAAAGUGGUAAGAGAAUUCAGAAAAAGCCCAGCUCCUUCUGCUUUCAUCAAUACGCCAACUUCAGAAAUGGUCAGUCAAACUUUCCAACAAGAGUAUAUGGGUUCUGGCUUCUCACUGUCCAUAAACCCUGUUGGCUGUUCGGCACUCUACCCAUCGCGAAAACAGGGUGGGAAUUCAGUUUCAGAACCUUUGCAGGAACAAGACGCUGAAGGGAAUGCAAAUCAAGCUUCACUUGCAACAAAUGUGCAGACUUGUACUACGAGAGCCACAUCUCAUCAGACUGAAAAUGCACCAGUGAAAUCACAAUGUACCUUGUUCUCUCUGCAGCAUGGUGUAAUAGUACAACUCCUCGAUCCAUCUUUGUCAUUUGAGGCUCAGGUGCUCUCGGUGGCUUGGAGUGCUUUCUACCAGCUUCGGCUGGUAGCCCAGCUGCACUCCUACCAGGACAGGGAUAGCCUGCCUUCAGUAAUCUAUGCUCUGACAUAUUUGAAAAGCAGUGACUUUGGGUGCACAGUGGAUGAGGUGGAGCAGCAGAUCAAAAAACAUGAGGCCUUUGAGAAAUUUCUUGUCUCCCUGGAUGAAAAGGAAUUGUCUCUUCAGGCACAGGCAAAAGGGUUGCAACAGAACAUUGAGCUGGAAAGGAAGCCGAUCCAACACAAGCUUAACACUGUGUUAGAGAAAAGAAGAUGCAUCAAACAUCUCUCACAUAGCAGACAGGAAAAACUGCAAACCGCUCUCCUCCUGGCCCUCUUCUACCAGAAUCUAGCUGAGGCAGAGAGCUGGAUUGAGGAGCGCAUGCAAAAGCUGGAAGAUUCUUCUUUCCAAAAUCUGAGCAACUUGAGUGAGAAAAUGAAGCUUCUGCAGAAGCACCAAGUCUUUGAAGCUGAGAUUCUGGCUCAUGAGGAUCUAAUUGCAACUGUUAACAUGAGAGGAGAAACUCUCCUGCACCAGAAUCACCCUAAAUCAGGGGAUAUCCGCCAUAAGACUCGCAUCCUUCAAGGACGGUGGGAAACACUGAAGAAGGCUGUUGCUGCACGUGGUAAGAUGCUUGAAGACAGCAGAGAUUUCUUGGAAUUUCUACAAAAAGUGGACCAUGCAGAGGCCUGGAUCAGAGACAAGGAAGUAAUGAUUAAUGUUGGUGAUGUGGGAAAUGACUACGAGCACUGCCUGCAGCUCAUGAAAAAACUGAAAGAGUUCCGAGGAGCUUUGGGGGGAGUAAUGGUCGACGAUGCACACAUCAAAGCCAUCAAUGCCCUUGCUGUGAGACUGGAGAGAGAGAAUACAGAAGAGAUGAAGACAAUCUACCAGCGCAGAAAGCAGCUCAAUGACAGGUGGAACAGUUUCCAUGGUGAACUGACAGCAUAUUGGAAGAAGUUGGAAGGAGCUCUGGAAAUCCAUGCCUUGAUCAGAGAAAUUGAGGAUAUCACAGAGAGAAUCAGUGAAAAGAGUGCAUUGAUGCAAGCGCUGGAUUAUGGAAAAGAUGUGGAAAGUGUAGAAAACCUAAUCCGGAGACAUGAAGAAAUGGAGAGAGAAAUUAGCAUAAUUCAAUCCAAGAUGGAGUCACUAGAGCUGGAAUCAUUCCCAGUCUGUAAGAGAAAUCCAUCCUCCCUAAGUGACAGACUGACUGCAAAGCAAAAGGAAAUGAAAAACUAUUGGCUACGUCUCCAGGGUCAGGCCAAGCAAAGGGGUGAGAAGUUGGUAGCCUCUUAUCAGUUGCAGAAGUUCAAUCGUGAACUGAAGGAGCUUCUAGACUGGAUUCAAGAAGUCAACACUCGAAUACAGGUUGGAAGUCUUCCUAAGAGUCUUGCUGAAGCUGAAAGUAUGAUUGAAGAGCAUCAGGAAAGAAAGGCAGAGAUUGAGGCACGAGGAGAACGGUUCAGUGCACUUAGCAACCAUGGUCAGGAGCUUGCCAGCGCAGGCCAUUAUGCAAGCCCUGAGAUCCACCAUUCCCUCAUCAGUCUACAGCAGGCAUUGACUGAAAUGAUCCAGACCUGGCAAGAACAAAAUCUAAAACUGUUUCAAGCCAGAGACCUACAGACUUUCUUUGGUUAUGUGGAGCAGAAUGAAAGUUGGCUUAGCAGCAAGGAGGCCUUCCUAGCAAACAGAGACUUGGGGGAUUCGGUCUCAAGUGUGGAGAGCCUGCAGCAAAAACACACCCAGUUUGAAAAGGACCUGGAAACCCAGCUGGGCAAGAUUGAGAUGAUGACCACCUUUGCCCAGCAGCUGAGGGACAGCCAGCAUUAUGACUCUGAGAGCAUCAUGAACAAGUGCCAAGCAGUGCUGAGGAGAAAAGAGAGGCUUCUGGAAGUUGCUUUAGCUCGCAGGCGUCUGCUGGAGGAGUCAUGGCUAUUGCAGAAGUUUCUGCGCGAUUCCUUUGAGGUGGCAGUCUGGAUGACAGAAAAAAACAGUAUUGCCCUUGAUGAGAGCUGGAGAGACCCAAGCAAUCUUCAGGCCAAACUUCAAAAGCACCAAACUUUCCAGGCAGAGGUUGUGGCCAACAGAAACCACCUUGAUAGUAUCAAAGCUGAAGGAGAGAAAAUGCUCCGAGAGGGACACUUUGCUGCUGAAGCCAUCCAGUCCAGACUGCAGGAAAUAGAUGAGCUUUGGGAUGAGUUGCUGGAAAACUGCCAUGAAAAGAGGAGAAAGAUGCAGGAUGCCUACAAGGCCCAACGUUUCCUACACACCGUGCAUAACGUGGAGAACUGGUUGGAUGAUCUAGAAAAUGAGAUGAAACCACCAGAAGGCAGCAAUCAUGUGCAGGUUCUAAAUGAUCUCUUGAAGAAACAGGAGGAGAUAGAAGAAACGUUUGCUGGACACAGGGACCAGUUGCAAGGGCUUGUCAACACAGUGCAAGAAUUCCAAGAAGAGAAACACUUUCUGGCAGAUGAGAUUGAGGAGAGGGUUGACCAUGUGGUGCACAGGUACAAAAAUCUUAGGGAGCCAUUACAGGAGAGGCGUGGGGGUCUGGAGGCCAGCCAACUGCAGUACCAGUUCCUCCAGGAUGUCAAUGAGGAGCUGACCUGGAUUCAUGAGAAACUCCCUUUGGCAUCCUCCAAAGACUAUGGCCAGUCUCUUACAGCUGUUCAAAGUUUACAAGAGAAACACCAGAACUUAGAGAAUGAGAUUAGCAGCCAUGAUGCCUUAACUAAAGCAGUGAUCAGCACUGGGCAGAAGCUGGUGAGUGGAGGACAUCCUGCUUCACAGGAGAUCAUGGAACAGGUGAAAGAGCUGGAACUUUCCUUAGCACAGCUGAAGGCCAAAGCCCAGGAGAGAAAAAAGAGACUCCUUCAGUCUUACGAAGCCCAGCAUUUACUCACAGAGCUUCUAGAAAUGGAAUCCUGGAUGGCAGAGAGGAGGCUUGUCCUGGAAACUCCAGAUUAUGGGAAGAAUGAAGAAACUACUCAAGCACUGCUUCGUAAAGUGGAGGCUGCCAAGCUGGACCUAGAGGGAUUCAGGCCCCGAAUUGAGAAGCUGAGGGAAAUAGGAGCCUCCCCUUCUACCACUGACAAUCCAGAUAGCUCAACUAUCCUUGCCAAGCUCCAGGCUGUCCUAGAAGAAUACCUCUCUCUCCAGCAGAAAGCUGAGACCCAAAUAAAAGGUCUGCAGGAGCAAUCUCAACUGCAUCAAUUUGAGAGGGAAACCCAGUUGGUGUCUGCCUGGCUUUUGAGCAAGCAAAGCUUGGCUGAUUCAGAUGAUUAUGGUCAGGAUUUGGAGACUGUUGAGGUUCUACAGAAAGAGUUUGAAGAUUUCAUAAAUGAAGUAGAAUCUCUGGGCUAUGCCAAGGUUCUCUUGAUAAAUGACUUAGCAUCCCGGCUGAAGAACCACAGCCAAAUAAGUGGCAUCCAGAAGAAGACCCAGCAGGUCAAUGGCUCAUGGGAAAGACUGCGUCAAGCCAUCCAGACAAGAGCAGAAAAUCUCAGAGGAGCUCACCAGGUUCAUCAGUAUGAUCAUGAUGUGGAUGACCUGAAGGGAUGGAUGCAGGAGAAAGAGGCUGUUGUGGAUAGAGACGAUUAUGGCUAUGAUCUGCCAGGUGUGCAGAUGCUCCUCAGCCAGCAUGAGGGUGUUGAGAGAGAACUAGCAGCCAUCUCCAAUGAGCUGGAAAGGGUCAGAGGAGCAGCCUGGCAUCUUGGUCACUUGUAUGCUCAGGCCAGGGACAACAUGAUGGAUAGACUUGCAGAAGUGGAUGGCUGCUGGGAGAAACUGGACAGGAAGUCUAUGGAGAGAAAGCAGAAGCUGCAGCAGGCAGAGCAAGUCCAGAUCUACUUCAAUGACUGCAGAGAACUAAUGGCCUGGGCCAAGGAGAUGCAUGCAUUGAUUAUAUCUGAGGAGUUGGCAAGUGAUCUGCUUGGUGCAGAGCUGCUGAUCAAACGUCAUGAGGAGAACAAGCGUGAGCUAGAGAAGCAGUGGUUGAAAUACGAAAAUUUGGAGCAAGUUGGAAAGAGCCUAGUAGAAAGUGGGCAUUUUAUGUCCAUGGAGAUUGAAGAGAAACUUGAUGAACUACUGGAGCUAAUGAGAAAAGUGAGGGAAUGCUGGGACCUGAGGAAGGAUUUGUAUGAAGAAAACUGGGAGAUCCAGUUACUACGAAGGGAGCUGGAUCUAGCUGAAGCUUGGCUCACUGACAAGGAGAGUGUUGUCUCGGAUCCAAGCUAUGGGUGUUCUAUCUCUGAUGUUGAGCAUCUAUUGAAGAAACAUCAAGACCUUGAAAAAAUGCUAGAGGUGCAGAAGGAGAAGUUUGCUCAGCUGAAUAGAAAGACAAAGAGUGAACUGAAACUAUUGAAGCGAAUGGAUACUGAGGAGAGUGAGCCAGGGAAAUUGGUCAAGGUCCCCUCUCUGAGAAGAAGAUACUCAGACAGAAGAAGCACACAUACAAGACCACUAGACCCGAAGAAAAUUCAGCAAGGACCUUCUCUAUCAUCAGUGGCCGCUCUGUGGGUUCCCCUGAAACACAUUGCCUCCCUUCCGCAAAAGUCUGAAGAGUAUUCACAGCAGUUGGGUCUUGGAAAAGACCAGAUCAUGGCUGGCCCCAGUAAGGAUAAUGUGCCUCCUGCACCGGAAUUACCUGGCCUGCAGGAUUCAGUUCCAGAAACAAGAAACUCUGGGCAUUCUUCAUGGUCCUCUGAUAUGAAAAUCCAGCAAGCUGACAAUGAUGUGCUACAACCCCAUGUGAGUGAUUUCAAACUGCCAGAUGAGAAAAUUAUUAAUGAUACCUCCUUCUCCAAUGCUGAAACCAAAGGAUUGAUGGCUUUGCCUGGAACAGGAUCGAUUGAUACUUCCGUAACUUUGCUGCACUCUAAUUUACCUCCUGAGAGAUUAGGAACAGCUUCUUUGGUUUCUGCAGAUCACAAAAGCAUGGAGGGAUUCCUAGAAAAGAGGGACCAGAUCCUUCCAGGAAGAAAGCAACCAAAGACAAGGGCUUGGAACAAAUACUAUGUUAUACUUCAAAGACAAAAACUUGACUUCUACAAUGAUGAAAAGGAAGCAUCCCAGAAUAUAGCUCCAGUCUUGUCACUUAACACCACUGGAGCCUGGUGUGAGAAGCUAGCAAACUAUUCUAGGAAAGAACAUGCUUUCAGUUUCAGGCCAAGUGAUGGAUCAGAAUACUACUUUGCAGCACCUUCUCAGAAGCUCAUGGAGGAUUGGAUGCAAGCAUUAUUAAAUAAUUUGGACUACUGUGGCAACGAGUGUUCUUUACAGAAGGAGCUACUGGUCAGCACAAACACAGAAAAGCCUCAGAUGAAACCUUGGAUCUCUGCAGUUGGAGAUUCUACUGAAAGGCAGAUUCGCAAAGGUUUCCUUCCCAGGAGAAACCCUUCCUUUAGAGUUAAACAAGAAAAAAGACCUGUUGAAAGUUCUCCUGAAUCAGAAGGAUUGACACAUGAUUUUAGCAUAAACUUUGCUCAGAAUUCUGAAGACUCUGAUGCUUCUUCUGCAAUUUCCAUGGAAUCAGAUCCAGCAACUCUGCUGAUGGCCAGUCCAUCAGAUAUUCCCCAGAGCCAUCGCAAAGUACAGCCUUAUCCUAAUGGCGAAGACAAGGGAACUCUGGGACAGAAAGACCAAGGAGCCAAAGCUGAACUCACAACAGGAGUAACCAAGAGCUUAUACAAUCAGCAGACUCCAGAGAGGAAAGAACUAGAGACAGAUGUCAUGAAGCAGACGAAAAAGAAAGAAAGAGUCUUUCAAAAGCUUUUUACCAAGAAAUAG